AUAUUAUAUUAAACGUAGGCCUAUAGCCUCAAUCUAAUGACCUCUGGUUCCCAAGUUAAUUAGGCCAUAGGUUAUGUUACAAUCUGGAAUUGCCUAUAGCCUAGUUUCUCCGUGGGAAGGAUAGCCUAAAUAUUAAAUUCCCUUUCACCACGUCUACUAUGAAGAAGGAUAACAAAGCAAUGGGAUUUCAUUGCACAUUUCGAACUGUUUGUGGACUACAAACGUUAUCCGUAGGCUAGGCCCAUCUAUUCACAACUGAACGGUUUUGGAGUCAUUCUAACAAUGGUCACACACAUCUUUGCUGUGUGUAAUGGAUAGCCAGCCAACAUCUUGGAGGGCGGUAUGGCGGGGGUAGCGAAAAGAACGUCUACAGGCUAUGUCAUUUUUUUUAGAUCGGCAACAUGGGCUUGGCGUCUCUCAUGAUCAUCCAAACGUUUAAUAUGGCUCAUUAUGCACCAUAAAUUCUUUCCUCCACCGCUAUCGGUUCUCUUACAUGAUUAGCCAACGAGAAGAUAAUAGGACAACCACUGUCUUUCCCCCGGAAACUGGACCCAGAAUGAUAGGUGAAUUUUAGAACAAAAAAUGUAAAGCAUUUUCAGUAUCUAGUGAAUUACGUUGUCUAAAUUGUGUAUUGUGAGUCGCAGAACUUAUUCACGGACCAAUCAAUUAUUCCAGGCUACUCGCCGUGCUCAGAAGGGGUAGAAUGACAAGGACGGACUGACUCUGAGGGAGAAAGGGGUGGGGAAUUGACAUUAAAGCAACACAACAAGGAAACUACACGGCAGACACAGACGCCUUCAUUUUAUGUUUUUGAAUAAUAGCUAGCUUGCUUGCUGGCCAUCAUGGCGAAUUGUGUUCAUUAAAAGUGUCCACAUCAUACAUUCGAGUGCCCGAAAGAAAGCCACAGUCCCGGAACGAACAGAGUUGCAAGUUUUAAAUCGCUCCCCGAAGAUAUCGCGGAAUGGGUUCGGAGCCACCCUCAUCUCCACAGUUGCUGGAGGAAGGAGGAGAGGAGGAGGAUGAGGAGCUGAGCGGAGGAGAAGAGUCGGACCUGAGGGCGUCCUCGGGUCGAGGUUCCCUUCUGACCCGGCGAGGCAUCACCCUGAGGGUGCUCCUAAAGGACGGUCUGGUGGAGCCUGGAGACGGGGUGCUGUCUAUCCACUACCUGGGCAAGAAGUUUGUGGGAGAUCUACUAUGUGAUGGCAAGAUCCGCUGGGUGGAGACCGGGCAGAUCUUCAACUCCCCCAGUGCCUGGGCCACUCACUGCAAGCGGCUGGUCAACCCCGCCAAGAAGUCUGGCUGUGGGUGGGCAUCGGUGCGCUACCGCGGGCAGAAGCUGGUGCAGUACAAGACCAGCUGGCUGCACAAGUACCAGCCCAGCGCUGAUUUGAAUCUGGCUAGUGAAGGGGAGGAGGAUGAUGAGGAUGAGGAGGAAGACAUGAGCCUGAUACAGAGGAGGGGAGACAGAGACAGAGUUCCUGUCAGAUAUUGUAACCUGGGUAUGAGAGAUGCUGCAAGGGACCCCCAUACAUUAGUGGAGCUGUCUGCCUUCUCUGCCAUCAACCGAUUCCAGCCCUUUAACGUGGCGGUGUCCAGCAAUGUGCUUCUGCUCAUGGAUUUCCACUGUCAUCUGACUACCAGUGAGGUUGUGGGGUACUUAGGAGGACGAUGGGACACUAACACACAGUUGCUAACAGUCUUGAGGGCCUUCCCAUGCCGGACGCGAUUGGCUGACAGAGAUGCUGCACCUGCGGUUGAGGAGGAGAUUUGUCAAAACCUGUUCAUGCGCGGGCUCUCUCUGGUGGGCUGGUACCACAGCCACCCCCGAGGUCCGGCCCUGCCCUCGCUGCAGGACAUCGACUCUCAGAUGGAUCAUCAGCUCCGGCUGCAGGGAAGCAGCAACGGCUUCCAGCCCUGCCUCGGCAUCAUCUGCGGACCCUACUACCAUGGAAACCAGGGAGUGGCCUCCACCAUUACACCCUUCUGGGUGGUGCCCCCUCCUGAGCAAAGACCCAAUGACUACGGCAUUCCAGUGGCUGUGGAAGUGACCUACGUUCAAGAUAACUUCCUGACCAGCGACGUUCUCAAUGAAAUGAUGCUGUUGGUAGACUUCUACCGUGGAGCUCCAGACCUGGUGCAAUUCAGUCAGCACUGGAGUGCCGACACUACAGUUAUGGAGAAAAUUAAGGGUUCUAUGAGCGGCCACGCGCCCAAGGACCAGGCCUACGCUCAGAUCCUGGAACACGUCUACAACCAGCUGAGUGGCGCACACUAACUAACUACAACCACAACCAGAGAGCAAGCGUGCGGAUGUGGUGCGAGGGAGACAGUUUGGACUCCACAGCAGAUCCUGCUACUCAAGCUCAUCCUCAAAGUACCUUUGCUAAGUGGACCACACACAGGCACUGACAUGCGUGCGCCGAACCAUUCGGUCACUUUGCCCCUGCGCACACUGGCGUUGAAAUCUUCAACUGACAAGCAUUAGUUAAACAGUGGAUUUUAUUGAGUGGUGCAGACAAAAAUAGAAAUGGUCAUAAUUGACACAGCAGCAGCAGCAGCAACAGCGAAAGGGUUCGUUGCUGGUUUCCGGCGUUGUAUUAGAAACAAUGGAAUCUAAUCGAACGCCAAACGUGGAGUGUACCACACUCAUGUUGGUGCCAGUGUGCGGUGCACUUUAGACUGAAGGGUGCCCUGCCUUCCCAGGACCUGACUGUAGAACUACAGGGCUGUAGGCUUCCAUUUGGUAUUCUCUUUUGCAUCUAGGACUGUUAGGUCUGUAUCACUGAUGACGUUUCUAGUUAGUUUGUUACGUAAAUGUACUGUAUGUUACACUUUGUUGGGGGUGGAGAGGACAACGUUGUCGGCCUGUUGAUAAAGCAGAGGGGGAUUAUGGGUCGACGGCGUCUUCCUCCGUAGGUUGCAGCUGAUUCUGGAACAGAUCUGAGCCUAAUCCAAACCAGAUCCAUUCCAAAGGAACCAUGUUGGGUUCCGUAUCCUGUCAGAAAGCUGAUGUUUGUCCAUUUUGUGUGUGGUUGAACUGUGCCAUGUGAAAGCUGAUGACGGGAACAAUGCCUUUAACCUGCUGAAUACCUUAAACAUAAAUAUACACUGGAACAGUUGAUCGUGGCAGGCCUCUGUGAGUAAGCAGGACAUCUCAUCUCUCAUAUCUGUCUCUCCUUCAUUUCUCUAUCCUCCUAUCAUUCCAAAGAGUAAACAUUUAAAUACAUUAUGAUUACAGCUUUCUCAAAACCUUUAAGCCUCUGAACACAUUAGAUCAGAAAAGUUUAUACUACAGUUUGGGGAAAAAAAAAAAAAAGUUUUAGUUAAUGUUAAUACAAUUACAGGCUCAAUAUAUUCACAAAACACAUGCAGUCACCGUUCAGUCCACACACACUGGUUGAUAUUUUUAUACAUUUAUUUAUGUAAAGAUGGAGAAAAGGCCAUGACAAGUACAAAUACCAGAGAAUAUUUAGGCUACUACAGUUAAAUUCAUCAGGACAUACGAAGACACUUAAAACUAUAACAUAACAAGCUUAGGUAUAGACCCACAUGCAAACGAUUAAUUUAUAAACAGUAAAACAGAUGUAUAUAUAUAUUUAUGUAUUUGUAAAAAAUAAUAAUACUAAGGAGUACCAGAAGAUUUUUUUUCUUUUGGAGUUCAUGACAUAUCUGAUACUCUGACGGGAUUAGACAGAAAUAACCCUUUUAAAAAAACUGUAGUGUUGAAGAGACAAGUGUACACAUGCACUAAUAUCUGUACACAGCAAACGCCUCAACUCAAAACAAAUGGAGCCCUUUGUAAAUGAAAUGGACACAAAUUAACAAACACAAAAAGUCAUUUUCAAUGCAAGGAGCAUUAUUAACUUUGUUUGGUGUAUUAGACGUUUUCCCUCCUUAAAUUAAAAAGGCACUAAUGCACCCUUCACAACAAA